AAAUCUGUGUUAACGUUAAUUCACCUGUAAAUGGCGACGGUUUAUCUUAACUCUUACUAUAGGUACUCUAUGUCACAGCUAAAUUGCGACCGUGGCCACGCUCUCAGACAGCUCACAAUCAGACUUCCCUCUCUCUGGAUGUAGCGACAAUACUGGCCGUAUUGUCCCGCGGGUCAACCGAUUACCGCCCCCGUAUAUCGAUGGCGGUCCCGAACGAUGACGCGAUGGUGAAUAGCACAGCAUACGUGGAGCGGCUCGUGGGUGACGAGUGCCGCAUCUGCCUCAAGUCCUGCACGGAGGCGUGCCAGCUCUUCCGCGAUGACGGCGGGAUACCAGAGAAGCUGAUGGCCAUCGCCGCCGUGCAGGUAGAGGAGGGAGAUGGACUACCAACUGCCAUUUGUUUAUCCUGCAAUCAUCUGCUUGAUGUGUCCUACGACUUCAGAUGUCAAAUUCAGAAUGCCGACGUGAGACUACGUCAGAUUCUGAAGUUGCAGGUUCAAUCUGUGCCGAUCGACAAACACUCAAAGGAUGCCAUGAUGAUCAAGGAUAUUGCGGAUGUUGUAUCUAAUGUGGUGUCCUGUAAAAAGGAUAAUCAUGUCAUAGAGCAGGACAUUUACUCAUCUCACAAUAUUGUUACUUUUGACACGACUGCUGUUCAGCCUCAUGUGACGAUUAAUAAUGAAUCUCAUAUAAAUCAUCACAAGUUUAUGCAAAAGGCAGAGGAAAAUAUGGAACUAAUUGGAAAGAAUAUAUCGUAUAGUACCCUUGAAGAGAAUGUACAUAAUGUUGAAAUAAUGGAAGCAUUGUGUCGCGAAACGCACCUGGAGGAUGCAGCCGAGCAUUCAGUUGUUCCUUCAUUAUCCAGUUCAUUGACGGAAGAUGGAUGCAAACAGGAGCAGUUAAUGUUGCCUGAGGACAACGAGACAUCGGGAAGUGUAACAGAAAAUGAAAAUAGGGAUGAUACAAAAGUCGAAAUUAAGAAUGACAUAAUUUUAGAGCAUUUCUCUGACCAUGAUGUUUUGAAGGAGAAUUUUACAGAGUUGGGCGCAGAAGACAAUCGAGAUACUAAAAGUGAAAUUGGAAAUUGCAGCGACGAUGAGGAGAAGCCGCUCAUAAACAGGACGACUAGACAAAAGUGUCCGCACUGCAUCAAAUCGUUCGCGACGAAAGUGGCGUUGCAGCGACACAUGAACGUCCACAAGCACAAGAUGAAGCUGCGCUACGUGUGCGUUGUGUGCGACAAGCAGUUCUCGAAUAUUGACAAAUUGAAGAGCCACAUGUUAUUGUGUCACGAGGCACAGGUGGCAGAUAAUAAAGCAUCACAGGAUGACGAGAAGCAGGCGAAUAAAAUGUCGGCGAAGGUCACGAGAAGCGGCAACGUGGUGGACGGGAUGAGAGAGGAGAAGAAAAACUUCAAGUUUACGUGCAAGGUCUGCUCGAAGCAAUUUAUAUAUCAAAAGUCAUUUUUAUCUCACGCUAAAAGUCACGCCGAAUAUAAUAAUGUCGAUAUGUCGGACGACGUGCUCGAUCAGUCGGUGAGUAAGACAACAAGCGAACAAAAGGACAAAAUGCCGACGACGAUCAAGGAAAACGAAUCCGAGGAGGAGGAGGAAGAGGAGGAUGAUGAUGAUAGCGAUUUGCCGAUUGAAAGUCUGCAAUGUACACAAUGUGGUAAACUUUUUGCUACAAAAAGAAAUCUGAAGAGGCACAUCUCGACGCACAGCGGCUUGAAAUUUAAUUGUUCAACAUGCGGUAAAGGAUUUUCAAGGAUCGAUAAGUUAAAGGAUCACGAACAGUCAAAACACAAAGAGGAAAUAUUUGGUAAUACUGACGACGAGGUUGAUGACGAGGAAGAUGAGAGUAAAAUCAACGAGAAUUCUGAGAAUCGAAAGAAGGACCGACAUAAUAGGCCACACAAAUGUGCACUCUGUCCAAAAGCAUUCGUACAGGCUCAAUCUUUGGCAAACCACAUAGAAAGGCAUAAACGAGUGAAAGAUCCGCAGAAACGGUUUCUUUGCGAGAAAUGUAGCAAAUGUUUCGCUCAGAGUGGCUCGCUGGUGGCACAUAUGCGUACGCACACUGGCAUCAAGCCGUACGUAUGUAACGUGUGCAGUCGUGCCUUCACCAAGAGCACGUAUCUGCAACUGCAUUUGAGAACUCACAGCGGUGAGAAGCCGUAUAUCUGUCAAUACUGCAGCAGGGCGUUUGCUCGGGCCAACACUCUGGCACGUCACAUCACUAUGCAUACUGGUGAGGCCAAGUAUCAUUGCAAUAUCUGUACCAAGUCUUUCCGGCGGCUGACCUCGCUGAACGAACACACAUACACACAUACUGGUCAACGACCAUAUGCGUGUAAACUCUGCACGAAGAGGUACAACAAUGCCGGAUCGUUGUAUGCACACACGAAGAAGUGUAAGGCGCAACAGUUGUCCAGCUCGACGACCGCGUUUGCGGUGUCCACGGCGGACAACGUACCCCAGCAAAACGACACGUCCAUGCCGCAGUUGCUGAUCUAUUCCCAGAGGAAGCUGGACGAGGCAACUGUUGGUCAAGUAGUAUCCACUCCGCAAUACAUGGUAACAAAUGUGCACAAUCAAAAAACAAUGCCUACCAACGUAAUCCAACCGUUUACCGUAGAGGAUCCGAAUGUAUAUAAUUCAAAACAAUUUAAGAACUCGUAUUAUGCUAUUUAUCCAAACAUGUAAUAAUGCAUUGAUCAUUGAUUAUCCGUUAUUUGAUUUAUAUCUUUGCCGAUUGUCGAUUGAAUAUCUUUGCCCAGUGAUUUUGUUUUGAUACACUAAUUUAAUAAUCUUACAAUACAAAAAAAAACAUGAAAAAAUGUUCGGUGGAUUUGGAAAAUGUCAAAAAAGUUAAAUAAUGUUAAAAAUUACUGUAGCAUGUUAGUAAUGUGUAAGGAAAAAUCAGAAUUUUUUGAUAUUGAAUAGAAUCAAAUUAAAGCGACAAAUCUGACUUGAAUUGAAUCUAAUCGUUAAAGCAUAACUUUUAAUUAAUUAACCUCAUUAUUGUUAGUUAUUUGAAUUUAAUGUACAAAUAAUAAAAAAAUGUUUAUAUGUAAGAAAAAUAACAUUAACUACAUGAUAUAAAAUCUUGACAUUAAAAUUUUAGUAUAAAAAGAUCCAAUAUUUUUUACUUAAAAUCUUAUUUCAAUAACAUAACUGCACUAUUUUAUUUUUAAGUAGAAAAUAUGAUUUUAUAAAAUUGUCAAUAGAUGUGGUUCGUGUUUAAACUCUUAAAUUUUUAAUACCAAUAAUUCAAAUUUGAAUCGAAUCUUAUCUGAUUCUAUUUAAUUCGAUUCGUACUUGAAUAGGUUGCACAUCUCUAGUAUAUAUAGAAAGAGGAAAUUUCGUAAAUAAUUUAAAAAUCAAAGAUUCAUUAACAGCCAGAAAAAUAUUUAAUUCAUGUAGAAGAUUUGAAUCUAUUGUUAAAGAGAGUGAUUAAUACAUAUAGUGUAAGAAUGGCUAAAUGGUGUGUUUGCGUCAAACAUGCAAAUACGGUAGUAUUUCACGGAUGACUCAGGUUAUAUAGAAAUUAAAAGGUCUUGAUAUAAUAAUGUACAAAAAUAUGAUGAAAAGAAUGAUUAUUAACGUUAAUGAUUAUUGACGUUAAAAUUAUAAGAAGUUAGGAAUAUAUAUCUCAAUAGAUAUCUAUAUAAAAUUUGUAUAUAAAUAGAUUCAUGGAUAUGAAAAUAGAAUAACUGGACUGAUUGUAAAAUCUUUAUUAAAGAAAGGAAGAGAAAAAGAGAAAGGUAUAUAAACGCUAAUUAAACACUUUGCGGUCCAUGAUAUAUAUCAGGGUUUGAAUUGUUACUUUAUAAAAGUAACCGUUAUUUAAAAAGUAACGAUUUAUUUUACGUUGCUUUUUAAUAAAGUUAAAAGAAGAUAUUAGACUUAAAACUGCAUUAUAUUUAAUAAUCAAUAUUAAUCAAUAUUAAACUUAUAACACUAAACUAAACUCUAUACAACAAGUUUGUCUACAGUUUAAAUUUAUCUAAUAAUUUUUCUAAUUUUUAUUAAUAUCUUUCCUUUUUAUAAAAAAUGUUAAUCAUUUAUAAACUUUAAUAUUGUUAUUAAGGAUGCAGUCUAAUAUUUACGGCCAUAUUAAAAAUUUAUUUUAAAAUCUAUUAUAAAUUAAGUUCAAAAACAAUAAAAAAUAAAAUUUUAAUUAAGCAUACUGAAAAAGUAAAGAUCGUUUCUAUGACUGAAAAAGUAAGUAUCGUUUUUAUGUAAUAUAUGAUUUGGUAUGCCAAUUACUGUAUGUUUUGAGCACUGGUAAGAUGCGUUAAUAUACACACACACACACACACUUUAACAUUUUUCUAAAUAACAGGUUUUUUUUCUGUAAUAUAGUAAUGGUGAUGUUACAUUUUUACAGUAACGGUAACGCGGCAUAAGUCUUUUGUUCAUCAUUACAUUCAAUUGUUCCGAAACAGAAGCGGAGCCUGACAUUCUCCAUAUAUAAAUUUAAAAUUAGUAUAAAUAGAAUUUAAAGUAAUGAUAAAAGUAACAACUAAAUUUGUUACCGUUACUCUAAAAAUGUAACAUCACCAUUACUAUUACAGACAAAAAAAGUAAUAUCCAUUUAUUAGUGAAAAAAAAUUAUUGAAAAAAAAAUGUUUAAACGGUUAUAGUAAUACGUUACAUCCAAACCCUGAUAUAUAUUACUUUUGUACAUACCCGUUUGACUGAUGGUCUAUUCUUUGUAGCGUUGCUAAACUGAUAUAAUAAGUUAGAAUGGAAAAAAAUAUAUUUGUCUUACUUUAACGUAUUGCACCAGUUCAGUAGUCAGCUAUAAAAACAAGAAACAAAUUACAAUUAUGAUAUGAAUUGAGUCGCACAUUUUUUACUAUAUAAAUACGUAUUGAUAUAAGUUGCAUCUGCUUCAGCGUUCAUGGUGCUUGUAAGUAUUAUUUAUUUUUGUUUAAUAUUUGAUAAACAACAAAAAAUGAUGCUUAAAGCACGGUAAGCGCCAAUGCGAAUGCGGCCAUAAAAGUAUCUAUUAAAGUUAAAUAUAUUUUAUUUUUAGAUAAGUUUCUUACACGGUGGAUCGCAAAGUAUUAAAUGGAAAGAAUGAUAAAUCGUGAAUAUAAUCUUGAUUGUGUCUCGCAUGUGUCAAAUAAAACACGAUACAUUUCAGAACAAGAGUAUGUAAAUAAAAUAAAUUUAAAUAUAUUUUUAUAACAUC